CAAAUAUAACUAAACAUGAUGAUAAAAAUAGCAUAGAAAUACAAAAAACAGUAUCUUGGUCGUCGAAAGAAAUAGAAAAAUUACCUAAAUUUAUGGAAACAUCAAAUAAAAAUUUAUUGAUAAACAGUGAUGUGAAACCGAUAGUAAAAGACACAAUACAACAAAAACAAGAGGGAAAAGUUAAUACCACGAUAACACAUGAAAUAACAAACGACAAACAAUACAAUAAAAAAAUAGAUAGAGAAUAUCUGGACAAAAAAAUAAAAGAAAAUAUAAACAAAAGUACAGCAACACAGGUAAUCAGUACAAGUUCAAAUGAAAUUUAUGAAAGAACUAAAACCAAUGCAAUAAAUUCCAAAAAAAUAACAUACAGCUUACAAAAAGAUAUACACAUCAACGAAAAGACAAAUGUAUCUAAAUCUAUAGAUGACAGUGAAAAUAUCCAAAAUUUACAAAAAGAAGAAGAAAAUAAAAGCUAUAUUAUAAAAUUAGAUACAGAAAAUGAAGAUAUUAAUAAAUAUACCCUAGUAAAAAGGAACGUAAAACAUGAAAGUGAAAGAAGUGAAAUCAAAAAUAAAGGAAAUGAAUUAAAAAGAAAUAAGGAAAAUGAUAAUUUAGAAAAUAACAAAAUUAAACAAUAUAUUGAAGGUGUAGAAACAGACAAAAUCCAUUUCGAUGAGUUUUAUAAAUGGGUUGAACAAAUAGUCGAAGAAAAAAAUGAACAAUUUUCAAAAGAAAAAGACAAAAUGAAAAACAAGCAUACUGAGUUGAAUAAACUUAAAACGGCAUCUGUUGAUAAAGAAAAUAUAGAAGACGAAUCAAGUCAUAUUAAUGAAUAUAUAUCAGAUGUAAAUACAAAACAAAACUUACAAAAAGAUGAAAAUAUAAAGAUAACUAAACCAUUUACUCUAAAAACCUACACAGUGAUAAAAGAUAUAACUAAAACCGAAGAGGAGGGCAAAGUCACAAUGGACGAUAAAUUAAAAACGAUUGAAUUAGAAGAGAAAGACAUUAAACUAGAGAAAACCACAGAAACUCUUAAUGUUACGGAAUCCGACAAAAAAGAUAGUUUAACUGACCAAAUAAUAACCACUAAAACAACAACGAUAGGUACAUUCGAUGAAACUAUAACCGAAUCUCAAGAAGAAAAAAUAAAAGAAACAAUAAAGGAUUCUAAACAAUUCAUUGUAGAUAUUCCCAAAUCCAAAAUCGAUUCUGAAAAAACGAUUCAGGAUGUAACCGUCCUUUCCGAUAAGAAAGUUGAUGAUAAAUUAAUAUCUCCAUCCACAGAGAAACAUCUAUCUGAAAAACCUAAAUCCGAAUCCACUGAAAUUCCUUCAUCUGAAGAUGAAAGUGAAACGAUAAACAUUAAAGAAAAAUCCGAUAAAAUAUAUGACAAGAUAACAUCCGACAAAUCAGAUAUUAAAUCCGAAAUAAAAGAUAAGACCACCGAUAACUUACCAACCACAAAAUCCCCGGAUGAUAUAAAACAU